UUGUUGUUUUUUUUUUUAUUAUUUUUAUUUUUUUGAUAUAAUCCUUUUAAAAUCAUUCAUUAUCUUAAUGGUUGUAAUUAUCCAAUUUCUAACGAAGUACUAACUGUCAUCGGUCUCCUCAUCCUUCAGAAAAAAAAGGAGAAGUAUGCUUUCAGCAUGCUUACUUUCACCCCGAAACCACUUAUUCAUAGCUCGGUUUUCAUCAAGAAUAGCUGCCGCUACUAAAUGGACUAAUUCUGCUGAAAAAAUAAAAUUUGAAGAUCAUCGUUCAAUUGCUGCAAGACAAAAAUUAUUCACAAUAAACCAUUUAAGUCCUGGAUCCAUUUAUUUUCUUCCUCAUGGUACUCGAAUUAUUAAUAGUAUCACUAACUUUUUGAGAACACAAUAUGAAGUUCUUGGUUUUAAAGAAGUUAUAACACCGUUAAUUUACAAGCCUGAACUUUGGAAACGGAGCGGUCAUCUUUCAAAGUACAAAGAAAAUAUGUUUUUUGUUACAAGCGAACACAAUUCUGAAGAUCAGAAAGACUCUUCGUCAUUUGGACUAAAGCCCAUGAACUGUCCGGCUCACUGUCUACUCUUUGCAGAAGAGGAGCGUUCCUACAAAGAACUCCCACUCCGGUUUGCCGACUUCAGUACUCUUCAUCGCUAUGAAGCUUCAGGUGCACUGUCUGGCCUGACCCGAUUGCGUUCUUUUCAUCAAGACGAUGGUCAUAUUUUUUGUCGUCGUGAUCAAGUUUAUGCGGAAAUUCAAAAGGACUUGCUGUUCAUUAAAAAGUUCUAUGCACUUUUCCAUAUGAAUGACUUAACAUUUCACCUAUCGACUAGACCUACCGACUAUAUUGGUGAAGCAGAUCAAUGGGAUCAUGCCGAACGCAUCUUAGAAAAAGUUUUAACUGAAAGUGGCAUGAACUGGAAGAGAAAGGUAGGUGAUGGUGCUUUUUACGGGCCGAAAAUUGAUGUUCAUGUGCGCGACACAUACGGGCGAAGCCAACAAACAGCGACUAUCCAGCUGGAUUUUCAAUUGCCAAAACGGUUUCAACUCCGGUUUCGGACAGAACAUGGUGAUAAUCGUUUGCUGCAGCAAUAUGAAUGUCCCGUUCUAAUACACCGUGCUGUUUUGGGUUCUUUGGAACGAUUUCUUGGAAUUCUAAUUGAACAUCUUAAUGGCAAAUGGCCUUUCUGGAUUAGCCCACGACAUGCGAUUAUUCUCACUCUCAAUCAAAAUCAAGAUGUCAUGGCAUAUGCCAAAGAAGUUCAGAAGACAUUAAGUUUGAACAACCGGAGUUUUCAGGCGGGUCUUCUUCCUUUGAACACUUUCGUGUUUCACGUUGAUCUCGAUUGCAAUGCUGCACCUUUAGGCAGACGAUUAAACGAAGCAAGAAAACUAGACUACAACUAUGAAAUUGUAAUCGGAACAAAGGAGACAGAAAACCAUACUCUUGCCGUUUCUGAGCGAGGAUCUAAUGCAAAUCGGAGAAUGAUCAUGACGCCAGAGCUUUUGAGAGAAAUGUUUGAAAACAGAAUGCAGUCUCUUUCAUGAAACAUGCGUUAAACUGUAGUCAAAGUCAACGAAUGCCAUUUACGAAUUAUGUUAAUGAGAUGCCUAUUUUUUUAAUGG